GGAAUGAUGAGGACAACUCUCUCUGAGGAUUUCUGUAAAACCACCAAUUUUCAGGCCAUUAAUGAUAACAUUUUAAUCUUCCCAAAGUCCUAAAACUUCAACAAAACAUAAUUUUUGAUUAGACGAUGAGCUAUUCUAGUUCGAUGAGAGUUUUGCGCUAAUUGCAUAUUUUUAUAUUGUAAAUUCAUAGGUGAUUCUAAUCACUAUGUAAAAAAAAAAAAAACUUUAAGUCUCUAUUUGUCAAAAUUUAGUAGUUAGGGUCCAAAAUGCAAAUAAGGCACAACACUCAUAAAAUUUUCAUGUGAAUUACGCUUUUUCAAUUACUCGUGUCUGUUCGAUUUGGUCUUCUUCUUCUUCUUCUUCUUCAAAAAUCAGUAAUCACGUUUCUAUCUCAAAAUCACACAGAGAACCUAAAGCUGUUCCAGUUGGGUUUUCCUCCGCCCAACUCACUUCGCCGCUUCUCUCUCCGUCAUCCUUACCAGGAAUCAAAUGCAGAGGCUUAAAUGCUGUUUGAGCUCUCAUUCUUUACAUUCCUGGUUUGUGAUAAUUACAGCUAUUAUAUCACAGGCGUUCAGAGCUGCAUCGGUUGUGAUUCCGAGUUCCAAUUGCUACGUUAUCAACAACUCUAGUCGAGUUGUGGAUUUUACAAGUUGGAUUGGACAUCCUUUUGAAUAUGAUGCAGAGGGACAUGGCUCAGACUUGGUAGUUCGAUUUUGCAAAGAUGUGGAAACUAGAUCACAAACGGGAUACGUGGAUUUUGGUCGCUUUGAUAAGUUUAACUAUUUUGUUGCUGGGGCAGGACAUGUUGACUUUGUUCAAGGCUUUUACAAUGGAGACCUGAGACAGUGCGAGGACAGUUUUGAUAAGAUGGGACGAACAGCACAGGUAAAUGUCAUAUGCGGGGCUUGUCCAAAUGGAAAAUGUGAAGGUUUACCUGGAUGCAUCUGCAAUAUCUCUUAUGAAUCUACUUGCAGAGUUUUACUUGAUCUUGCCAUUCCAUGUGGGGAACCAGGUCCACGAGUAUUUAAAGGCUUCACAGUUGGCUUCCAUCCACGAACAUGGGAAAUUGUCAAUGAUGGCAUGACUCAACUGGGUUUUGAAGAGUCUCACCACGAGUUCGGCUUCGCAACUGAACAGGCUCAUGUUUCCCUAUACAUGACUGCAAUUGCUUCCCAAUCAACUUUGGUGCAGAAACCUAUUGUCAAGGUUUUCCCUGACAAUGGCCUUGAGGUCAGAUUAUCAGGCUCAGGAGCUUCUGGAAAACCUCCCACAACUUUGUCACCCACAGUGUUGGCUAUAGAUUGGAGAUGUGAGAAGGCUCGUGAUAGUCCAUACAAAGUUAAUGUCACUAUCCUGGUUGAGGGUUAUGAACCUGUGCAGUUCGUUCUUACUAAAAUGUGUGAAUUCAGGCAGGAUCAAGCUGGAGAUGCUACAAGAGGAUGGGCUACAUUUGGAAUUUUAUCCUGCAUAUUCAUAGUCUUAUCAACUCUGUUCUGUUGUGGAGGGUUUAUUUAUAAGGCUCGAGUUCAACACCAGCGUGGAACUGAUGCAUUGCCAGGCAUGACAAUUCUAUCUGCCUGUUUAGAAACGGUGAGUGGAGGAGUAGGGCAAGGUUACACCCGAACGGAAGAUUUGAAUAACGCUUAUGCUAGUGAAGCUUCAUGGGAACGUCCUCCUGUCCCCGCCGCUGCCCAACAAGGAACGAGAAGACAAACCGAAAGGAAAUACGGUGCAAUUUAAACUAAACUACUCAAUAAGAAAAUGAUUCAACUUUCAACAACCUUAUUCUGUUCCUUUAUGUAAUAUCUAAACUCAUUUGAGUAGUUCUUGUAGUUGUAGCCUUUGUUGCAUAGCCUAGCUCAUUUGAACUCAAAAUUUUCACCAAAGGUUUUCUAUUUAAAAAUAUAUAUACAGUAGAACCUCUAUCCAAGAAUACACUUGGGACCAAGAAAAUAAUAUUCUAAUUGAGAGGUUAUAACUAAA